AUGUGUGCCCCAUUCUCCCGCUUUCUAUCACCCCGCCCCAUUCUCCCGCUUUCCAUAACCCCGUCCGAUUCUCCCGCUUUCCAUCACCCCGACCCAUUCUCGCUCCUUCCAUCACCCCGCCCUAUUCUCCCUCCUUCCAUCACCGCGCCCCGUUCUCCCGCUUUCCAUCACCGUGCCCCAUUCUCCCGCUUUCCAUCACCCCGCCCCAUUCUCCCGCUUUCCAUCACCCCGCCCAAUUCUCUCGCUUUCCUUCACCCCGCCCCAUUCUCCUUCCUUCCAUCACCCCGCCCCAUUCUCCCUCCUUCCAUCACCCCUCCCCAUUCUCGCUCCUUCCAUCAACCCACCCCAUUCUCCCGCUUUCCAUCACCCCGCCCCAUUCUCCCGCUUUCCAUCACCCCGUCCCAUUCUCCCGCUUUCCAUUACCCCGCCUCCUUCUCCCGCUUUCCAUCACCCCGCCCCAUUCUCCCGCUUUUCAUCACCCCGCCCCAUUCUCCCACUUUCCAUCCCCCGCCCCAUUCUCCCUCCUUCCAUCACCCCGCCCCAUUCUCCCUUCUUCCAUCACCCCGCCUCAUUCUCCCGCUUUCCAUCACCCCGCCCCAUUCUCCCGCUUUCCAUCACCCCGCCCCAUUCUCCCGCUUUCCAUCACCCCGCCCCAUUCUCCCGCUUUCCGUCACCCCGCCCCAUUCGCCCUCCUUCCAUCACCCCGCCCCAUUCUCCCACUUUCCAUCACCCCGCCCCAAUCUCCCGCUUUCCAUCACCCCGCCCCAUUCUCUCACUUUCCAUCACCCCGCCCCAUUUUCCCGCUCUCCAUCACCCCGCCCCAUUCUCGUGCUUUCCAUCACCCCGCCCCAUUCUCCCGCUUUCCAUCACCCCGCCCCAUUCUCCCGCUUUCCAUCACCCCGCCCCAUUUUCCCUCCUCCUAUCACCUCGCCCCAUUCUCCCUCCGUCCAUCACCCUGCCCCAUUCUCCCUCCUUCCAUCACCCCGCCCCAUUCUCCUGCUUUCCAUCACCCCGCCCCAUUCUCCCGAUUUCCAUCACCCCGCUUCAUUCUCCCGCUUUCCAUCACCCCGCUCACCCCGCCCCAUUCUCCCGCUUUCCAUCAACCCGCCCCAUUUUCCCGCUUUCAAUCAUCCCGCCCCAUUCUUCCGCUUUCCAGCACCCCGCCCCAUUCUCCUUCCUUCCAUCACCCGCCCCAUUCUCCCUCCUUCUGUCACCCCUCCCCAUUCUCCUGCUUUCCAUCACCCCGCCCCAUUCGCCCGCUUUCUAUCACCCCGCCCCAUUCACCCGCUUUCCAUCACCCCGCCCCAUUUUCCCGCUUUCCAUCACCCCCCCCCCCAUUCUCCCUCCUUCCAUCACCCAUUCCCAUUCUCCAGCUUUCCAUCAUCCCACCCCAUUCUCCCGCUUUCCAUCACCCCGCCCCUUUCUCCUGCUUUCCAUCACCCCGCCCCAUUCUCCCGCUUUCCAUCACCCCGCCCCAUUCUCCUUCCUUCCAUUACCCCGCCCCAUUCUCCCGCUUUCCAUCACCCCACCCCAUUCUCCCGAUUUCCAUCACCCCGCCCCAUUCUCCCGCUUUCCAUCACACCGCCCCAUUCUCCCGCUUUCCAUCACCCCACCCCAUUCUCCCUCCUUCCAUCACCCUGCCCCAUUCUCCCUCCUCCCAUCACCCGCCCCAUUCUCCCUCCUUCCAUCACCCCGCCUCAUUCUCCCGCUUUGCAUCACCCCGCCCCAUUCUCCCGCUUUUCAUCACCCCAUUCUCCCGCUUUCCAUCACCCCGCCCCAUUCUCCCGCUUUCCAUCACCCCGCCCCAUUCUCCCGCUUUCCAUCACCCCGCCCCAUUCUCCCUCCUUCCAUCACCCCUUCUCAUUCUCCCGCAAUUUAUUAUCCCGCCCCAUUCUCCCGCUUUCCUUCAUCCCGCCCCAUUCUCCCGCUUUCCAUCACCCCGCCCCAUUCUCCCGCUUUCCAUCACCCCACCCCAUUCUCCCGCUUUCCAUCACCCCGCCCCAUUCUCCCGCUUUCCAUCACACCGCCCCAUUCUCCCGCUUUCCAUCACCCCACCCCAUUCUCCCUCCUUCCAUCACCCUGCCACAUUCUCCCUCAUUCCUACACCCCGCCCCAUUCUCCUUGUUUCCAUCACCCCGCCCCAUUCUUCCUCGUUCCAUCACCCCGCCCCAUUCUCCCUCCUUCCAUCACCCCGCCCCAUUCUCCCGCUUUUUAUCACCCCGCCCUAUUCUCCCGCUUUCCAUCACCCCGCCUCAUUCUCCUGCUUUCUAUCACACCGCCCCAUUGUCCCGCUUUCCAUCACCCCGCCCUGUUCUCCUGCUUUCCAUCACCCUGUCCCAUUCUCCCGCUUUCCAUCACCCCGCCCUGUUCUCCUGCUUUCCAUCACCCUGUCCCAUUCUCCCGCUUUCCAUCACCCCGCCCCAUUGUCCUGCUUUCCCAUACUAG